AUGCCGUCGACCACGAAUCUUCGCCGCAUCACGCAGCACAACCUGCAGACUUUCCGCGAUGCCCCGCUGAGCGAGCUUUCUGGGUCGCUGGGUGACCUCGGAACUUUGCUUCCUCUACUCGUGGCCCUGACCCUCACCCACUCCAUUUCUCUGCCUGCGACUUUGCUGUUCACCGGCGCCUCAAAUAUCCUGACUGGCGCGCUGUUUGGCAUCCCACUCCCGGUGCAGCCCAUGAAGGCCAUCGCCUCCAUCGCCAUCGCUCGCAGCUACAGCUUACAGGAGACUGCAGCUGCAGGCAUCGGCGUCGCUGCUGUUGUCGGCAUCAUGAGCGUGACAGGCCUGCUGAGCUGGGUCACACGGGUGGUCCCUAUUCCGGUUGUGAAGGGGAUUCAGGUUGGAGCUGGCCUCAGCCUCGUUCUCUCGGCAGGAGAGAAGAUGCUCAAGCCCCUUGGCUGGACUGGACCUUCCCCGGUCGACAAUCUGCUCUGGGCUCUCGGCGCUGCACUGGCGCUGCUGGCCUGUACACGAGCGCCGCGGGUGCCGUACGCCCUCCUUAUUUUUAUCCUUGGCCUUAUCUUAGCGGGCGUGAAAGCGCGCGCGAGCGAUAUGGACAGCUCCAGCAUCAUUCCCAGCAUCCCAGUCGUGGUACCUUCGUGGGCUACUUUCGGCCGCACUUUUGUGACCGCUUCCCUUGGCCAGCUUCCUCUUACCACGCUCAACUCGAUUAUCGCUGUGACCCAUCUGUCCGCUGACCUUCUCCCGAAUGUGCCGACCCCUACUGUUACUGCCAUCGGAUCCUCCGUUGCGGCGAUGAAUCUUAUUGGAUGCUGGUUCGGAGCCAUGCCCGCCUGCCACGGCUCCGGUGGCCUCGCUGCUCAACACCGGUUUGGAGCACGCAGUGGCUCCUCUGUCAUCCUGCUCGGCAUCGUGAAGAUGAUUCUGGGUCUGGUCGGAGGCGACAGUCUUGUCCGUCUCCUGGCGAGCUUCCCGAAGGCACUUUUGGGUGUUAUGGUCCUCGCUGCGGGCGUCGAGUUGGCCAAGGUUGGCGAGUCUCUGAACGCUGGUGCAAGGGAUCUGUGGGAGGAGGCCGAGAUGGAAGCUUCGGGUGUCCUCACAUUGGGAAAGAGACUGCGUGAGCCGAGCGAGACGGAGCGAAGAGAGCGCUGGGCGGUCAUGAUGGUCACUGUCGCGGGGCUGCUGGCGUUCAGGAACGAUGCUGUUGGCUUCGUCGCCGGACUGCUUUGGCAUUGGGGUCAGAGAGCGCAGCUGCCGAGGCUGCAGAGGCCGACCUGGUGGCAGCGAUGGAGGACGGGCAGGGAGAGGACUGCGGCUGGCGAGGAAGGGGAAAGCCUGUUGUAA